CUGCUUUAAUUACAGGCUGCAGGCUGUGGAGGCUCAGAGAAAGAGCCGCGUUUGGGAUUCUCACGGCAUUAAAAAAAAAAACACGCACUUGCGUAGUAAGACUGUACUCGCAAAACCAGCUUUUGGACAUUCUUCGGUAUUUUAAACAACUUGGUAGCACGGAGUGUCGGUUGAUUAUAUCAUUUGCAUCUUGAACGUCGAGUCGCAGGAAUGUGGCGUCUCUGAAGGAAGCCCGUCCGAAUCGUCAGCGGUGGAUGACAACAAAGUUGGUCGCAUGGGUUUAUAGCACGAAAAACGUUGUUGAGAACGAAGGAAAAGCUGCGAGUCGGGGUUAACGUGACGAUGGGCUUGGUUUGAAGAGCGACGGCGGCUAAACCAGGACACAAAGUGCGCCAUGGCGGUGGACGCCGCGUCCAGCUUCAGUUUCUGCCGGCCGGCGGUGGAGUACCGGGGCAUCCCAGAGGACUACAAGCGGCAGCUGAGCCGGCGGACCGGCGGGAACCUCACCUGGCACGACGGGCGGGGCCAGAAGAGCGCGGGCGGGAGGACGGUGAAGCUGCUGCAGCAGCCCGGCACCGGGGCCUCCCAGUCUAAUUCCAGUGACAACUAUGGGAUCUACCACACCAGCCCCACUCAGCCCAGCCUCAUCCGGCCUGUGGUGCUGUGGUCCCAGCAAGAUGUCUGCCGAUGGCUGAAGAAACACUGUCCACACAACUACCUGACCUAUGUAGAGGUCUUCUCGCAACAUGCCAUCACAGGCCGCGCGCUGCUGCGCCUCAACGGGGAGAAGCUGCAGCGCAUGGGCCUGGUCCAGGAGACCCUCCGACAGGAGCUGCUGCAGCAGGUGCUGCAGCUGCAGGUGCAGGAAGAGGGCCGCAACCUGCAGCUCCUCAGCAGAGGUUCGUUUGGAAACAAACCAUAACCAGAUCUACUUAAAGGAUGAGAUUAAUCAUGUGGACGUGUGCACACAUCUGUGCAUUUCAUAGAGCAAGAAAGAGAAACAUGUCAAUUAUGGACUAACUUCAAUGGGAUCCCAAUUUCUAACUAGGUCAAAAUAUGUAUAUGACCGAUAUAGUGGGAAAUAGAGAUGUUUUGAAUUUGCAAUUCACUGAUCUACUGUUAGUGUUGUGACUUUAACAAAAUACAGUUUUGGUACAUUAUCAUAUUGCUCUUUGAUGAAUAAAAUAUCAAUUUCUGGUGUCUUUGUCUCUUUCCUUAUCACAGAGACAUUUUUUCAACUUGUGCUUGCUUAAUAAAAAUGAACUUUGAAUAAUAACGUAAA